AUGGAGAUCCUUGAGUACGAGGCUGCUGCGCCCACGAGGGAUACCAGUGACCGCACCACGCAACCAAGGCAACGCACGCGGCACACCGCCAGCCUCCCUCUAAACGAGCACUAUAAUGAGCCAGUGCGUAACCAUGUGUGGUACAGUAAGCGACGGACAUGGACGCGUGCGCAGCUGGACCGCGAGCGCACCGAGUUCUUCGAGACGCGCGUUACCGGCAGGCCGGAGAUAUGGGCCGCUGUUUCCACGGUGAUAUCGCUGAUUCGCAACGGUGACUUGGCUACUGCGCAGGGUAUUUUAGAUGCGGCGGGUAUUACUGUUCCCACCGGGGAUCUUUGUGAGGGCUGCUACGAUGAGCAAGGCGUGCUUUACAGGGUUCCACAAUGUGUUGUUAGUGAUCCGGAGAACAUCGUUCCUUCGUCUUCGAGGACGGCUAGUGAGGAUGGCGGCCCUGCUGGGUAUGAGGAGGAGCAGGAUGCUGGGAUGCUCUCAGAUAGUAAGCUCGCUGAUGAUGAUGCGGAUGCUUCCGGGGACGAGUUAAUUUCGCAAGAUGUUGAACGCCGCCGUGAGGAGAAGGGGAAGACGAGUGAACGGAAUUUGAUCCGUGUGCUUGCUCGUUUGAGUGAUCGUGGAGGUCCGGAUAUACUGCUUUCUAUUGGUAAGGGUCAGACUGUGGGAUUUUUGGCGAGGAGGGUGCAUCAGGAAGCCAAGCUCGAGGAUGAUAGGCGCGUUCGAAUCGCUUACCUGGGUCACUUGCUGAAUGAGCGUGAACCACUCGUUGACCAAGGGUGGAAGACUGGCCAUGUUGUCAAUGCUCUCGUUUCCCCUGUUAAAGACCUAAACCUUGGACACCGAUCCUAG